AUGAAAGAGAAGAGGGAAAAGAUGCAAUUAGCCUUUCGUAAAGCUCAAGGGAUGGAUGAUUAUCUCUACAACAUGGGUGGCCUAGGUUCCAAAACUCCUAUCCCAUUUCCUCCCAAGUUUAAGAUCUAUGAUGCGGAAAAGUUUGAUGAAACGGGAGACCCUAAACAACAUGUUAGGAGAUAUAUAAGCAUAUCCGAGAUGAAAGGUUUGGAUGGGAAGCAAACCUUACAUGCAUUACCUUUAUCACUCACGACAGGUGCAUCAAGAUGGUACUAUAGUUUGGACUCAAGAAAGACCAAGGUAUGGAAUGAGCUAGUAGAGUUAUUUAUGGACCAAUUCAUUUUCAAAUCCAUGAUUGAUGUGAUUUUGAGAGACUUGGAGACUACUAAGCAAGGUGUAACUUUCUCCAAAUACAUAACAAGGUGGAAGAGGAAGGCUUCCAAGAUGGUCAAUAGGCCAAAUGAGAAAGACCAAAUCAACAUGAUCAUCAAGAAUUUGCUUCCAGCAUAUAAUAGUAGGCUUCUGUCAUCGCCUAUUAGCUCUUUUGGAGAGUUAUGUGAUUGUAGGUCUAGGAUCGAAGAUGCCAUCAACAAUGGACGAUUAGAGAAGGGAGAGAGCAAGCCUUUAAUCAAGAAGAUGUAUGGGGGAGGAUCAUCCAAUGCCAAAGCACCUAACCCCAUAAAUGUGAGUGCCACCAUACCUCAAUAA